UGAUUCCGUCGAAGCUGCAUGGCGGAGAAGUUUAAGUACUCCGGUUAACAAAUAAGGAUCCGAAACUGAUUUGAGGACACUCGUACUUGUUUCUAGAGCCACUGCUGUGCUGGGUGAUGCGAGAACUCUCCAAGAGGAUACUCGGCUGCUGCAUUUAUGCGUGUGCAUUCAUCUGACGGCGAUUACAAACAGCCUAACAUACACGGAACAGAGGAGACCGUCAGCAUCUCUUCGAAAACGCACACAGUUGGUUUUGUACGGAGCCGAUAGUGAUUGUACUUGGAAUUUCCCGACACAGAAUAUGCGCUUUUGUCAUCAGGCGUAGGAGAGAUACUUUUGGUUUUCGGGAUUAAACACUGUUCGUUUUUUUCCAUUGAGGCAAUCGAAUAGAGGUCGUCUACCCCAACAGCAUCAGCGACAGUUUCGAGUCGCAGAAGGAAUAUUUGACGUUUUGAAGUUUUUUCAUUUUUUUUGGUGGUGGAAGUUCCGCAUUGACGGAAAAUGGGCAUUUGUGGUUAUUUUGUGGCACCCUGGAAAUGCCUUGUUGUCGUCGGGUUAAGACUGUUGUUCCUUGUACCUGCAGGAGUGCCGGCGAGAAGCGGGGAUUCUAUAUCAAAGGACAACAUCACGGUCCGACAGGGGGACAGCGCUGUGUUAAAAUGUACUGUCGACAGCAAGGUAUCGCGCGUGGCUUGGCUGAACCGCACCACGAUUCUGUUUGCCGGGAGAGAGAAGUGGUCUCUGGACCCCCGGGUGGUGCUCAUGGAGAACACGGCUGUCACAGAGUACAGCAUCCAGAUCAUGAACGUGAACGUUCACGACGAGGGCCCUUACGCCUGCUCGGUUCUCACCAACAAGAAACCCAAAUCCUCCAAAGUUCACCUGAUCGUCCAAGUACCUGCUAAGAUCACAAACAUAUCGACAGACGUCACGGUUAAUGAAGGCAGUGAUGUUACCCUCAUGUGCUUGGCAGUUGGUCGUCCAGAACCCAACAUUAUCUGGAAACAUCAUUCUGCAAAAGGACAUACGUUUGUCAACGAGGGAGAAGUGGUGGAUUUGAAAGCGGUGACCAAGGAGCAGUCAGGGCAUUAUGAAUGCAUCUCCUCCAACGACAUCUCUGCCCCUGAUGUGAAGGCUGUCCAAGUCAUCGUGAACUAUCCACCCUCGAUUUCCAAGGCCAGAAGUACGGGAGCCCCAGUGGGACAAAAAGGAGUAUUACAGUGCGAGGCCUUGGCUGUGCCGAGAGCGGAUUUUGAGUGGUACAAGGAGGAAAGGAGGCUCUCCAAUGGACUGGAUGGGGUGAAGAUAGAGAACCAGGGUAAACAAUCCAUGCUGAUUUUCUUUAACGUAUCAGAAGAGGACUAUGGAAACUACACGUGUGUUGCGAGGAACACGAUGGGAAUCACGAACGCCAGCAUCAUCCUCUACGGGCCAGGAGCCAUGCAUGACGUCAACAAGGCCGUCCUGUUCCCCCCCUGCUCUCUAUGCCUUCUGCUGACUGUUACUUUGUUGUACCUGCUCAAGUUUUGACGCACCAACCUCAAGUUUCUCAGUGUGUCUAUCCGCCACAGAGACAAACUUUUAGUCCCGCUAAGAAGACAGGAAAUCGCGAGAACACCUUUUGGUUUGCACUUCUCUUUCUUUUCAGCUCUGCGUCUGAUUUUGGAUGGGCGGACGAGGAGCCGUUGCUAGGGGUGAGGGUGGGCUCGUAACUAAGGGAGCAGCUGUACUAGGAGGUUUGUUUCCUAACCUUUUUGUAUGUUUGAAGGGAAGACAGGAGAAAAAAAAAAGUGAUGUACUUCAUAGUUGAAUGAUUUUUGCCCAAUAUUGAGGUGUAAAUUCAGAUUACUGGUGUGUCAUGUCCUGUUAAAUAUCUGUAAUAUACCAUGUUUUUUUUAUUAUGUUGACAAAAUAUGGAAAAAAUGCAAUGUGAUUGUUCAAUUUUACUGUAUUUUUACAGUUGUAUGCAACAAAGUAACAACCCCAUUCACUAUAAACGAUGUUAUGUAGAAAAUAGUACUAUAAUUUGAGGCAAAAUCAUGCAGCAGUGACUACUGUGUUUCCCUGUGUUAAAACUGCUAAAGGCACUAAUCAGACAUUAGUCACAGUAGACAUUUUUGAAGCAGUAUUCACCAUGAACAGCCAAG